AUGGCAAACCAAAAAGUCACUGGUGAUACACAGGCCGGAGGCGAUACCGUGAGUGUGUCAGUGCAUGACCGAGGCAAAACCGCAGAAGCAGGGCAACAACAAGCUGCAGAGGAGCAAGUGGCAGGAACGGAUUCGUGCAAAACAGGAGUUGUGACAGAGAUACAGCCAGGGAGAAGACCUGGAAGGAGACCAGGGGGUGGAACAUCCCAACGCACACUUCUUCCCCUUCGCCAUGUCUCUCACCUUUCCAACUCCAUAUCCUGCUGGUACUGUGACUUCAAGUCGUCAGUCUUUAACGAACCUCUCUUCCGUUUCGGACGGAAAUAUUCCAGGUCUACCCGGAACUGUUUUCUGUACCCCCCCACGUGUUGCAAAGUUUUAACAGAAAAAUUCGAACCUAGGUUCACUUACUUUUAUCAAUUUUACUACUGUUCUUGUAUAGGAAUUUCAGUUGUUUUUGGAGGGAAACCGAAUUGGGAAUAUUAUCAUGGAUGCUUCAAGUACGAUGCUGAAGAUGAUAGUCAAGAUUCAAUCAAACUUGACAUAAUGGAUGAAAUGAAUUUUACCCGUUGGAAGGAGAAGAUGAAGUUUCUCUUGACUGUUGCAAAAGUAUAUUAUGUUUUGGAGACACCACAAACUGCUGUACUGAAUCAAGAGGAGCAAAGGCAACGUGAAAAUGAUGACAUGUUAUGGCACGUGAAGAAAUUCUACAAGAAUUCUAAGAAGAAAGUUGAUCAAGGAAACAAGAAGAAUGGAAGUGGAGAUGCAAACAUAGUUGAAUUGUCAGAACCUAUGACUGAAAUCACUGCUAUGGACUACAAGGAAUCACAAGAAGGACAUGAAGUGAUGAUGGGCAAUAAUCAUACUUCAAAAGUCCUUGGCACGGGUUCUAUUGAAUUAGCUUUCACUUCUGGGAAAAAAGUUAUACUCAAAGAUGUUCUUCAUGUUCCUACUAUUAGGAAGAAUUUGGUUUUUGGCUAUAAGUUGUGUAAAUUUGGUACAAGAGCUGUGAUAGAAUCUGAUAAAGUGAUUCUAUCUAAAGCUGAAGAUGCACCAAAAACUUAUCGGGAAGCUAUGACUUCUAGAAAUGCUGCAUGUUGGAAGGAGGCAAUCGAUGACGAGAUGGAUUUUCUUAUAUCCAAUAAUACUUGGGAAAUCUCAGAUUUACCUCCCGGUUCUAAGGCAAUUGGGUGCAAGUGGGUAUCUAGAGUUAAGUUAAAUAUUGAUGGCUCUGUUCAAACCUUCAAGGCUAGACUAGUAAUACAAGGUUUUAGUCAAAGACAAGGAGUAGAUUACUUUGAUACAUAUGCCCCAGUAGCUAGAAUUACUUCUACUAGAAUACUCUUUGCCUUAGCUUCUAUUCAUAAAUUACCUAUACGUCAAAUGGAUGUAAAAACAACUUUUUUGAAUGGGGAAUUAGAUGAAGAAGUUUACAUGAAACAACCCGAGGGAUUUAUAUUGCCCAGAAAUGAAAAUAGAGAGUUCGUGGUAAGAAAUCACAUUGUUACCAAAUGUUCCUUCCCUACCAGAAAUAUGAUGCUUUGCUUUUAUUUUACUGUUCAUCAGAUUAUCUUAUUGGAAUCAGCUAGGGCUUUGAAUCUGUAUGAUGGGAUCCCAUGGCUUCACAGUGUUCAAGAUGGAUCUAUCUUGGAAUUAUACUCUCCGGUUUUUAAAUAUAGCAUAUCAGUCGCUGAUGUUGGAUAUAUGUGUAUAUCUUCUAUCAUAUCUGUAUCGGUACAUGAACUUGGGCACGCCCUUGCUGCUACAAGCGAGGGCAUACAAAUUGAGUACACUGCCCUGUUUUUGGCAGUUAUAGUUCCAGGUGCUCUGGUGGCUUUUAAUAAUGAGAUGCUGCAAAUGAUGCCAUGCGUAGCUACACUUAGAAUAUACUGUGCUGGAGUCUGGCAUAAUGCAGCAUUAUGUGUGGUUUGUGCAUUGGCCGUGUUCUUGUUACCGCUGAUAUUAUGUCCACUUUACUCACAUGGUGAAAGCCUCAUGGUACUUGAACAUGGAUACUUGCUUGAAGGCUCUGCAUUUUUUUUAUUGACACAGGAUGAAUCUUGCUCAACUCCAAUCCAUAUGCCAGGUCUAGCAUGGGCUGAAAUCACAUUUUCAAGACCUUACUCUCCUGAAUGUCAGCGAGUUGGAAAUAAGAUGCACUCAAGUUAUAAUAAUUCUGGCUCUGGAGAAAAUAGCUGUAGUGGGACUUUUGUUUUCAUAGGUGACAUGAUGUCGAUGGCACGUUCCAUUUGGUUAACAGAAUAUCAAUCUCGUUGGUUGUAUGGUGUUGCAUAUAUUCCAGCUGUAGUGGAGAAGAUGUUGGUAAACACCUUUCAUGUCUCGUUGAUGCUAGUUGUUCUCAACAGCUUACCGGUGUACCAUCUUGAUGGGGAAUCCAUUCUAGAGGUGGCUCUUUGCUGCUUCGGUUCCUUGACCCCGACCUUACGAAAACUGGUUCUUCAAUCAUCUUUACUAGCAGGAACACUUAUUUCUUGUAUUUUCAUUUUCAGGAUCUUAUGCUUGUUAUUUCGUAAACAUCUUGUUAGUAGCGCCUUGUUUUUUAUACGUGAGCCUGGCACUUGUCCUACAUAUACGACAUUUUCUUCUGUUAUUUCAAAGUUUUAUAGAAGACACACGAUUGUAUGUAUUUUUUUAGUUUUGUUUUUUAUCAAUCUCCAAUAA